CCUGAACUCCGCAGCAACGUUUUUCAACCAAAACAUAAACAAACGAACUCGAACUUCCCGCUGUAAAAUGCUGUUCUACUCUUUCUUUAAAUCCCUCAUUGGGAAGGAUGUAGUGGUAGAACUAAAGAAUGACCUCAGUAUCUGUGGGACUCUGCAUUCAGUAGACCAGUAUCUAAACAUCAAACUCACAGACAUCAACGUCACAGAUACUGAGAAAUACCCACACAUGCUGUCUGUGAAGAAUUGUUUCAUCAGAGGGUCAGUCGUGCGCUAUGUGCAACUUCCUGUAGAUGAAGUAGACACGCAGCUGCUCCAGGAUGCGGCCAGGAGAGAGGCACAGCAGCAACGGCAGUAGAUUGUAUGGUUUUUAUUUUUAAUUUGGGAAGAAGGUGGUCUCGUCACCUUUCGCAUUCUGUCAGUGGAAAUCAACGUUUUGUCUUCACAGAUUAUCUUCCUUUUAACUGAAGUUGAGUUAGUUUUGUCUUCCCCUUUUUGUUGAUUAUAAAGGAGUUAAUAUUGGGGUGUUUAUGCUGUAUUGUGAAUGCAGCUGAUAUUCAGUAAAUGAGAUAACUUUUGUUGUAUGCAUUUUUAGAUAUUAUGAAAAUCUCUUUGCAGCAUGUAAUGGUGAGAAUUCAAUGAAAGAACAUUUCCAUUUUCUAAUUUCUGUGAAAUGAUAUGCUUAAGCUUAAGCAAGAAAAAAAUAAGUAAUAUGGAUAGGGUAAGAAUUAUAAUUUAUCCUGUGACUUUUCCAAAUAAAAGAUAAAAAGAG